AUGACUUACAGCGAUGAUUUGAAGUCACGUAUAGUUCUUCUUACUCAUGAUGGUUAUAGCAAAAAUGAAAUUGCAAAACUUUUAUAUAUAAGUGAACGUUUAGUAAAAAACGUACGUAAUACAUAUAACAAAUACCAUCAUAUAAAUAAUCCAUUUAAAGAAGCUUUGGGUCGAAGAAGAAUAUUUGAUAAUAACGAUUUAAAA